GAACCUUAUGUAGACAAUGUCAUUAGUGUCCAAAACAUUACGAAUACAAUCCCUGCCUACGCACCUCCUGCAUUGUCAUUCUCUGCAAAUACUUGGGAACAUAUGGUUGAUCCUUCACAUAUUGAUAUGCCAUUUGUGUCUACUUGGAGAGAGGGGAUGAAUUUGUGCAAAGGGUUGGCUUUUGCCAAUAAAGAGGAGGUGAAGUACGUAUUAACAAUUUGUGCCCUCAAGGAAAACAAACAUUUUACGAUCAUUAGGUCGACGACGAAAAAACUUUGUGCAAAAUGCGUGCAUGAGUCAUGCAAGUGGUAUGUCUGCGCAGUUAUGAAGCCCGAUCUCCACAAACUAUGGAUGGUCACCGUGUAUGUGGGUCCUCACACGUGUAUAGCGACUGGGGUGCGAAAUGAUGGUAGAAUGAUGAGUUGUAAUUUUAUUGCAUCAGACAUCCAUAAGAAGUUAUGUGAGGAUCACACUACCCCAGUUAAGCAUCUCAGAUCCAUGAUAGAGACGAAAUAUAGUGGGCAGAAGCCUUCUUACUACAAGGUAUGGGAUGCGAAACAAAAGGCGAUUGCGAUGAUGUUUGGGAAUUGGGAAGAGUCUUACCAAAGAUUGCAAAAAUUGCUAAUGGCAUAUAUUGAUCAGGACCCGACUACCCAAGUGUUCUAUCGUAUCACAUCCACCGAUGAAGAUGACGCCGUAUUGUUGCAUUAUGUGUUUUGGUCUUUCGGUCCAUGCAUAUCAGGAUUCAAAUACUGCAAGCCGGUUAUCAGUAUUGAUGGGACCCAUCUGUAUGGUAAAUAUCAGGGAAAGUUGUUGGUCGCAAUGGCAACUGACGCUAACAACAAGGUAUUCCCUCUCGCGUUUGCUGUUGUGGAUUGUGAGUCAGGGUCCAGUUGGAGGUGGUUUUUACAGUGCCUCCGAGAUACGAUUGGCCACGUGAUACCUAAGGAAGGAAUUUGCAUAAUUUCUGACCGACAUCUCGGUAUCAAAAACGCCAUUGCAAACUGGCCUAGAAGGGAAGAUGGAAGUACACCAGUAUUUCAUAGAUAUUGCCUUCGACAUGUUGUUAGCAACUUCAACACCCAUUUUCAGAACUCAACUCUAAAGUCAACGGCGUUGAAAGCGGGAUAUGCUACUCAGGUGGUGAAAUUUGAUGCCAUAAUGGAGUCCAUUAAGCAGGUGGAAAUUGAGGCCAUUAGGAAUAAGAAGAAGGUGACGGGGAAGGAUGACAAGGAAAAGAAUCAAGAUUAUCUUCCAUACACAUACCUAAUGGGCGAGUCUGUGGAUAUGUGGACCCAGUCACAUGAUGGUGGGAGACGUUUUGGGGCAAUGACAACCAAUAUAUCAGAGUGUUUCAAUGGUGUACUGAAAGGUGCACGAGGUCUUCCUAUUGCCGCAUUAGUUGAGUUCACUUGGAACAAAGUUGUUCAAUAUUUCCAUGACCGGCGUAAAGAAUACCAUUUUGAGUUCUCAGAGGGUAAGAAAUGGAGUGAAUAUGCCAAUCGUACGUGGGAUGCAAAUAAGUGUAAAUCCGAGAAACAUUAUCUCAAGCCAUUUAGCAAUGAAGAGCUGAUAUUUCAAGUAGUUACCCAACUCAACACAUGUAGCGCAGGAGGGGGAAACCACAGUUAUGAAGUUCGGUUACAGGAAAAAAAAUGCAGUUGUGGGAAAUGGCAAAACAUAGGGAUCCCUUGUUCACAUGCAAUUAGAGUAUGUGACUAUUUACAUAUUGAUUCGACCACAUAUAUUCACCCAUGUUAUGGCUUGAACAAUGCCCUUAACACUUAUGAGCAUGCAUUUGUGAUUCCAAAGUCGCAGUCGUUGUGGCGGGAUCCCAUAGGGCCAAAGUGGUUGCCUAAUCCAGCAUUGUUGCGGGCUAAAGGUCGACCAGUGAAGUCGAGAAUAAGGAAUGAGAUGGAUGGGGUAAGGAAUAAGAAUCGAGAACCGGGAUGGCGGAGGGAGGAUGCAGAUUUCAUAGAGAGUCAACCCAAGCAGACAUGUGGACUGUGUCAUGUUUCCGGGCAUAACCGCAGAAAAUGUCCGCAGUCCCGUGGCGCUUCCACCAGCGGUCAUGUUCCAGACUAGGCAUGCUUCCAUGGAUGACGUUUUUGUCAUGUGGACCGACGAUGUUAGGAAAAGUGACUACGUUGUAUUGGCUAUGUGAACUUUUUGGCUUUUGUUGAAUGUACUUGUAAUUCUUAAUCCAAUGUACCUUUAUGAAGAUUGUGAUUUGAGUAGUAUGGUUAGAACUGCAAAUUAAGCG